AUGAAAAGAAUGAUGGUAACCAAUUUUGAGUGUUUACCUGAUGAUGUUCUUUUUGAAAUUUUUGGUUAUUUAUCUCCUGUUAAUAUUCUUCAGUCAUUUUUUUCAUUGAAUAAACGUUUUUCAACAAUCCUUAUAUAUCAAUAUUUGUGGCACAUUCAUAUUGAUGAUAGUACGAUGUCAUUAACGAUGUUCAAGGAUUUUUGUCAAAAUGUCUUAAAAUUGGUAGGACGUCGUGUUCUCUCAUUACGUAUUAGAUUAAAUAAUUUUAUUGGUGGAUGGUCACUUGUUUCAUCAUCUCUAAAAAAUCAACAAAUAACAUUGCUCCGACAUCUUCAUCUGAUCGACAUUAAACCACACGAAUUUGAUAAAUUAUUGUAUGAUCGUUUAGUAUGUUCACAAUUACCUAAUCUACGAACUUGUCGACUACCGUUUGAUUUUUGUCCUACACAACGUUAUCAUUUACCAGAGUUCUCAGCACCACCACUAAUGACUUUACCUAAUCUUUCUAAUACAGUUCAUCUUCAUACAUUAACCACUGGUGUAAACACAAUACGCUUUUUAGAGCGUUUAGUAACGUGCAUACCUUCGAUUCAAAAUCUUUCUGUUGGUGUACAAGAUUCAAUAGUUUUUGACAACGAUGAAUUUGAUUUAAUUCCAUUACCUGUUGCUAUUGAUGGUUUCCUUCUUCCUCGUCUAUCUCGUCUGAGCAUGAGUUACCUUGGUAAUUGUAAAAGUUCCAUAUCAUCAUUGGUUCCGUGGUCAUUGUUAACAAAAAUUUCAAUCACUGACUGUAAUGUUAUUACUGCAGCUAAACUCGAACCAAUAUUACGAAUGGCAUAUAAUGUACAUGCACUACGUAUAUAUGAGAACAGGCGUAUUUCACCCUCUGCAGUAUUGCGUAUUUAUGACAAUCUUGGAACUCGUGCCAGUGAACAAAUACAAUCAUUUGGUAUACGCGAUGGUAUGUUAACAUCGCGUAAAGCUAAAGAUGUUUGCAUGUUACUCUGCAAUCGAUUUCCUAAUUUAAAAGAAUUUUCGUUUACUAUCUAUGAAUCAUGGGAUUUUAGCACUGCUAGUCCAUCGUAUCUUGCUGAUUAUAAAAAUGAAUCUACAAAACGUAUUGUUAAUCUUAUUCAUUUCCUUGUUGAUCAUUUACAACAACUUGUUUCGUUUCAUAUGAAUUUUAUCCGUUCGAGAUCAUGUGAAACACCUUGUUUUCCACAUUUAAUUCGACGACAACUACAUGAAUGGCUACUUAACCGACCUUAUCGAUUACGAUGUUCUACGGAAGAAAUUCAAUUAUGGCUUUAA